CGGGUGUAAAUAAAUUCAGUGACUAGGCAUAGACGUGAGGAACUCACGUUUUUAAGACUGUUUACUGCACAAACAGAGAGAUUUAUUUAAACAUAAUCAACACUGUGUAUAAGUCUCAGUGUAAUACACACAGAAGUAUAACUCAAUAAAAAUAAAAACUAAAGCAUCGUCAGUCAGUGAUGGCCAGAACUGUGGAUUUAAACACUGUUAUACUGAAGUGCUUCGAUGCGAGAGCUGCUCAUGCUGGAACACGUUCAGUCAGAAUUCACUCGGUUUAUAAUUAAUAAAGUGAGGGUUCUUUUCCCUCAGCACUUUACAAAACUACAUUAUGUCCGUGUUCUCUUCUGUUUAUUCUCUUCACUGUGUAAUUCAGUAAAUUGUGGUGUGGUCCAUGGGACAGCGCCUCCUAGAGGACACACUAUGAGUACUUCACCCUGAACGAGCAUCCACACACGACAUCCUGACACACACACAGACGCACACACAGAAGUAUAAACUGCUUUGAGUUUACUCCCUAAGGCCUUUCUCUCCCCCUCAAGGCAGGAAGGAGUUCAUCUCAGGGAGCGAUCUCUUGGAGAGAGGAGCGACGGUGUUCUGUCGUUUCAGCGCCGGAUACAGCCAUGGACUCCGACUCCGAGGAUCCACUUCAGCAUCACGACAUGGCCGAUCCAGACUGCAUUCUCCAUCACACAGUCACUCUCAUGUUCAAGGUCACUCUCACCAAGGUUUUUCCCUCUCACGUCUGUCUGCUGAUCACCUGACACAAGCCUGUUUUUGACUGUUUCUGGAUAUAGAUUUGGAUUUGUUACCUGUUGCAAUAAAGUCAACCUGCAUCUGCAACCAUCUCUAGCACCUGACUGAAGCUGGCUGAAGGUUUUUACUACAAUGAAGAUUUUAAUUGUCUUUGUCCUUCUUAUGCUGGCUUUCAGUGGAUAUGAAGCAAAAUCUGUAGUUGGAAGAAAAUGCCCCGAGGGUUGGACAGGAUUUGGGAGAAAGUGCUAUAAAUACAUAACUGAAGCAAAACCAUGGGCUGAAGCUGAGAAAUAUUGUCAGAUCUUUGGAGGAAACCUUGCGUCUGUGCACAGUAAUCAAACACAUUUUAUUCUUAAGGGAAUGGGAAAAAUCUCUAACAGCUACAAACGCACCUGGAUCGGAGCUCAGGAUGCAACUCAGGAAUCUGUUUGGCUGUGGAGCGACGGCUCAGUGUUUGAUUUCAGCUUGUGGCAUUCCGGUGAGCCGAAUAAUUCAGGAGGAGUUGAACGCUGCGUGGAAAUGAACUACGACGGUGAAGUCCUGUGGAACGACGCCAGGUGUGACACCAACCUUUACUUUGUGUGUCAAAAAUCUGCAAACAUCCCAAACAUCUGUUAGAGCUCAUAACUGCUCAUAACUGCUCAUAACUGCUUUUACCCAUAUUAUCUCUUCUUAUUUUCAGUCAAAACCAAUAAAAACAUGACUUAUAAUAUGUCAAUAAAGAUAGAUUAUGAUGCUUGA